AUGAAGCUCCUUCUCCUAGCCUUGUUCUUCGGAACAGCAUCUGCUACCGUUUUCACCGCCAACGUCAAGGGCACCGUCAUCUGCCACAAGCGGAAGCAGUCCGGGAUCCUCGUCGAGUUCAAGGAGGCGGAUGCAGUCUCGAAGGACGAUCUGAUGGGUACGGCCACCACCGACACUGACGGCUUCUUCGAAAUCUCCGGCAAGAAUGACGAGUGGGGAGGCAUUGAGCCAUAUGUGUACAUCUACCACAACUGCCGCACCAUCAAGGAGGGCUGCCUGACCCGUUCGCGCUACGAAUACCCGCAGUAUGCUGUUAAUGGGGUUUACGAUAUGAGCUACAUUGCCUUGGAUAUUGCCACCGCUGACGAGUCGUCCGUCAAGUGUCAA